UCUAAGUUUUAGAACAUCGGAUAUAUGUGACAUGGGAUGAUCAUCUGAGCCAUCUAACGCGUUCGCUGUUUGCUGUACUGGGAACGAGUUAUUUUGUAAGCGCACAAUUAGCAUGCAUAUACGAGCGUGUAUACAUUCUCACGCGCAUUCUUGCCCACUGUAUAUUGCGCUUACCUCUUGGACUCGUCAAAAUUUCUAAAUAUUGCUGAUGGCCACUAAUUUUAGAAGCUACAACAAUUUGACGGAUGAUCAAAAGAUCAUUCUUAGGGCGUUUUAUGACAAUGGAAUGAACACGACGGCAAAACAUAUGCAGGAAAUAAUACUGAGAGCUGCUGAACAAGCUGGGGCAACCUACGACCAAGUAAAGAAAUGGAUUGGAAAUGAAAAAAGGAAGAGAAAGCUAGGUGAAAGUAGGACAGAAGAAAACAAGCAUGAAGAUUCAGAUGACAAUGUACUAAGAAUAGGUCCUCCACUUAAAAGAGUAGCAUCUGGCUACAACAUAUUUUCAUCAAGCAUGCUAAGUUCAGACUUGUGCAAGGCUAUUGAUUCAAAAUCGGAGAAAAUGAGAUUUGUUUCGUCACAAUGGCAAGCUCUUAGUGCUGAAGAAAAGAAUGAUUGGAAGAGCAAAGCCAAGCAGGUUGACAGAAUACGUCCACUAGAACUGGGAGAAGACGAAAGACGAAAACACAUUGCCAAGACAAAAAAAAAUCUCAUGAAAGAGAUUUCUUAUCUGGAAAACCUGGGAUGCGAGGUGGCUGUUGUGAUGAUAGAACCAAGUGGGAACAUCAAUCAGCAUGGUUCAAACAAAGGUGUUCAGUUUCUCAUGCAAAACGAAGCAGUGGCAAUAAAGUUCAUGGAAUUCUUUGAUCGCCCGGCGGAAGACAAACAACAUACCCGUGCCGAUGUCCAGAAUCUGUUCAACGAGAAAUAUAGUGAAGCAUGUGGGAUUCCUGGCAGUAGAGUUCCUUACAAAAAAGGUGGUUUUACAGUUACUGGACUGCCUGAAGGAAUUAUUUUUAAGAAGCCGCUCAAUUAUGGAAGUGAUCAGAUAAAGAAAGUAAUGAUGAAUGCGGAAGAAAUUAUCUUUCACAUCACACGAGAACGAAACAUAAACGAUUCAAAACUAACCCAUGACCCACUGGCUAGUACAUCUGUACCAUCAGACAUUCAGAACUUGCUUUCUAAAAUUAUUGAGAAGGAACUGAUACCUGAAGUCGUUUCUGGCAAGUAUUCAAUAGAAGAAAAAGAUUUGGAGGUUAAGGAUUUGCAAAUUACCGAACAAGAAUUUCAACAUCUCACUACCAGGUUUCGAAAGUACUUCACUGAAGAUGGCUGGAAUUCCCUGAAAGGAAACUAUGAAAGUGCUUGUAACCAUGAGGGUUACAUAAUACCAGUCUAUACCGAGUCGGAUAAACCGUACUGGCUGUUCUAUUAUCCUGGAAAAAUAUCCAAUUUGCUAAGUCUGGAACCAAAUGCCGAAGUUUGGGGCUACUGGUUGAAUCAGACAAAAGAGCAAUGGCAGUAUGAGUUAAUAUUUUCAAAUAAGAAAAUGUCAAUCAAUGCCAUUAACAUCAUUAGCGUCCAAGAAAAUGGUUCAUCUGAACCAAUUCUUCUCAGACGAAAGAUCGUUCUAAAGAGAAGGAGUCAAGUUGUUGUGUGCCAAUCAUUCCAUGAUAGAGUCAUUGCGUGUUUGGAAAAUUAUGGAUAUGUGUGAAUAAGUUUUAAUAGUCAUUGUUGCAUUGAAACUAUAUCUGACUGCGUUCAUUCACUCUAUUAAAGUGCCCAUGUCAUAAAAUUGGAAUUUAUCUCAUUAGAAUCGCCGUGAAACGUAGAUCACGAAAAUAGUAAUCACAUUUGAAAUUGAGUUUGUUUUUGCGGAGAAAAAAAGGGAUAAAGUUUGAAAAUUUCAAAUUUUAACGGCAAAAGUUUUUGAAAUCCGCGACAGUCGGAAACUGGUAACUAAUACGUCACAAUAGGAACUCGCAUAUUGCGCCUUUUGAUAAAUAAUAGUAUGUAGUACAAGAGAAGCGAUUUCAUUCCAGAUAAAUUCGGUUAUUUAACGUGGCAGAAAUAUGUCUUCAUCAAGUUUAGCUAUUGAGAAGUUACCAAAGGAAUGACACCCAUUAAAAUUGUUUUCCUGCCAAUGCAAUAUCAAGAAAGAACAAAAGUUAAGACCAUGAACGCCGGUCAAUGUCUGCCUUGUCAGGCAGUAAGAACACUUCGGACCAUACAUUAACGAACCAGAUGCCGAUGAUAAGCUGAAAAGCUAUCGCGAAAUGGUGCAAUCGUGCAACGAUCAUGGCAUCGAAACUACAACGAAGACUUGAUCGUAGGCGUCAGUAAAAGCAAAUGUUUUCUUAUGAUCUUGAUUGCGCGACUUGCUUUCCGUGACCCCAGAACAUAAUAUCAUUACGCCAGAUAUACAGUAUUCAAAUUACAAAUAGAUUCUGUGUUAGUAUUCUGGCAAUUGUACUUAAUUCUAAAGUUUCAUCCUAGUUGAUCGUCAUUCGUAAUUGCGCACAUACGGUUCACCCGGGUGUAGAUAAAAGGCGGACGCGGACCCCUAAUACAUUUCACUGCCCUAUAUAAAUAUUAUAUUAAUAGCAUUAUGAUUGAGGUUUUCCUGUGGCUCAUGAGUGCCGGUAUUUCUACAAUGUGUUUAUGUGUAGUUAAGUCACGCAUGCCUGUGUGAUUCUCUGGUUUAUUUUCAUUACAAAUCAACUGAGCUAGAGUAUGAGUGGAGUUCCUAUGCGCUUUCAAAAAAAAUAGUUCAAUGAGAGACUGAGAGUUAUCGAUAUUAACUGAGAAAUCUAACACGUCUCGCGCAAAAGAAACAUAUCAAAUC